AUGCGUGCCCUAUUGAAAGGCCAACGAGGCCCCCCUGAAGGCAGACAAACCGGGCCAGCCACGGAGACCCCAACACCCCCCGAGGGCGCAAAAAGCUCCUCACAGACAUGCACAGCACAAGCGGCGCACCAACACCCAGAGAGGACGAAAAACAAGGCGACCACAGAGGGGAAAACAUCAAGACCACCCACGACUUCACCUAACCCGCUCAUUUACUUCAGGGACGGCAGUGAAAACAUGCAG